AUGAAAAUGGAAGUGAUUUGGUUGUUGAUUCUAAUUUCGUUGGUAAAAUCAUAAGUAGUUUUAUCAUUCCAAAAUUCUUGUUUGUGCACUUAGAUUGCAUUAGAUAAAGAAUGCAGUUAGCUUUACCCUUAUUGCAAUUGGUAAGUGAACUAUGAUGGUAAUGAGUCAUGUGAGAUUACAAAUUGUGCUUAUUUAAAUUCUUCAGCUGAUUGUGUUCUAAUGAGAGAAUGUAUUUGGAAUGGAAAUUUUUGUGUGACUUCAAAUGGAAUUGUGGAUUGUAAUUAGUUAGAGGGACAACCAAAUUUAACCUGUUAAUAAUAGAAUAUAUCUUGUUAUGGAUUGAGUGGAAAUUGUGUUUCAUAAAAGGAUUUACCUGGUUGUUAGAUGUACUCAACAUAAUAAGAAUGUGCUACAGGAUAAGAAGGAAAAUGUUCAUGGUAGACAUAAACAAAUUAAUGUGUUUAUUAUGUGAAUUGUUAAUAAAUUCCAUUGAAUAUUUGCAAUAAUUAUAGACCCUAUGAGACUGAUCAUUCAUAAGGAUAAUAUUGUCAUAUUAAUGCUAAUGGGAUAUGUGUUUAAAUGACUUGUGAAGAUAUUACUGCUCGAAUAAAUUGCACUUUUGUUUAGACAGUAUUCAAUCAGGAUUAAUUUUAUUUAUGUAUUUGGAAUGAUUAAUCAAAAACUUGUUAAACAGCUAAAGGAACAUCAGAUUUGAAUGAAUAAAACUGUUUUGUAAAUACAUUAGGCACAUAUCAUUGGAUAGCAGAUAAUAAAUAUUCAGUACAAGGAAUAUGUUUACCAUGCACUCUAAGAAUAACAAAAUAAUCAGAUAUAUGUGCUUGUGAAUAAUUGGUGGCUUAGAUGGAUUGCAUUUCUGCUAAAAUAUGUACAUGGCAAUAAAAUAAAUGUAUAACUAGUUAAUGUCAAUUAUUUAAUGAAUAAUAAUCAUUAUGCGCUUAAUCUCCUGCAUGUAUGUAUAUUUUUGGAAAAGGAUGCAUACCUUUUACAAAAUGUUCUGAAAUCAGAGGUAGUAAUUAAUUUUAAUGUAUUGCAUAAUCAAUUUAAUGUCCAAGUAGUAAUGGAUAAUUCUGUACUUCAAUUCCUUUAGAUAAUUCAUUCUGUUAAUAAUAAGAUACUUCUUAUAAUUGUGGUAAUUCAAUUCUUAGUAAAGGAUUAUGUUAUUGGAAUUAUUAAAAAAAUCAAUGUCAAUUUUCACCCUCAUGUUUUAAUUUAGAUUAUCAAGUUUGUAAAAAACUAAAACAUGCAUGUUAUGUUUAAGGUUAUUAAUGUUAUCCAGUCUAAUGUUAUAUUUUUACUUAGAUUUCUGAUUGUUCCUUUUACUUUGACUAUUAUAGCGGAUCUUAUCAAUAUUGUUAUUGGAAUUAUGAAUUAGGAUAUUGUGAUGAUUAGAAAACAUAUAAUUUAAGUUUUUAAUCUUGUUAUAUCAGUACUUAAGGGACAUAUAGAUGGAGUAGUUUAGAUUCAAAAGUUGGUGUAUGUACUUAAUGUGCAGCAGCACUUAUUCCUAAUAAAAAAAGAUGGUGUUAGUGUGAUUAAUUAAUAUAUUAAGGCGAUUGUGCAACUGCAAGUGAUAGUUGUUUAUGGAACUCAGAAAAAUCUUAAUGUGUAGUAAUAUCAUGUUCGAUGUUAAAAACAAGAGAUCUUUGUAUAUAAAAUUAUAAUUGCCAUUGGAUUUAAUAUCAAGAUGCAAUGUAAUGUUUACCAUUUACUUCUUGUGAUAAAUUACCAGGAUCUAAUUCUUAUAUGUGCAUGCUCUAUUCAUAAAGAUGUACAUAAACUGAUGGUUAAUUUUGUAAGGAACUCUCAUAUGCAGAUUCAAAAAACAAAUGCUCAUCAAUUGCUGAUUAUACUAAUUGUUAUCUUACUGUAGCUUCUGAUGGAGUUUGUAGAUGGAAUACUAAAACUUAAACUUGUUAUACAUUAUCAGAAUGUAAUCAAAUUACUGAAAUGUCUCUAUGUGGUAUUAAUAAUUAUGCUUGUUAUUGGAAUUUCUAAACAAAUACUUGCAAUUCUAUUACUUGUUCUAUGGUCACUAAUCCUUCAGAUUGCACUUACUUUGAUUCAUAUAUUAAUUUCAGUUUCUAAAUCUAAAUGUGUAUCUGGAAUACAACUUGUUAAAAUGCCACAAACUUAAAUUUAACCUCCAACAAUUGUUAUACCAAUACUGCUAGAACAUAUAGAUGGUCAAAAAAUAAUGAUACUGAUGGUUCAUGUGAAUCAUGUUUAUAAUCAACCAUUCUUAACCUUGCAUUAAUCCUCCUUAUUAUCAGCAUUUGAGUAUUUAAAUUUUAUAUCCAUAU